AUGGUCCACCGCAUCGCGUUCUGGAGCUUCUUCGGUGUUGCCGUCCGCUUCUGGCAGGUCGGCAUUGAGAUGCGCCCGUUCUUCAACAAGCAGUCGCUCUGGGCGUACCCCGUCUACGCCGCCGGCGGCGCCAGCUUCGGCUACUGGCUGCAGGGUGUCGACGACCGUCAGAGCGCUACACUGGCUGAGCGCAAGUCCAUCUUGCUGGAGAAGAGAGCGAAGAAGGCUGAGCGUGAUGCCGAGGCCGCUACUGCGGCGCAAUAA